UCUCCGCCACCCACCAGCUCAGGCACCAGCAGCAGCGCCGCCGUCGCCGCCGCCCACCUUCUGUCGCCGCCACCACAGCCACUUGACUGUUUUCCUCUGGUGUCCUCGCCCUCUGUCGACUAUCAGGUGGGCCUUGAACCAGGAUGGCUGAGCCCCGCCAGGAGUUCACCGUGAUGGAGGAUCAUGCUCAGGGGGACUACACACUGCUGCAAGACCAGGAGGGCGAUGUGGAUCACAGCCUGAAAGAAUCUCCCCUGCAGACCCCGGCUGAUGAUGGAUCUGAGGAACCAGGCUCUGAAACCUCUGAUGCUAAGAGCACACCGACGGCGGAAGACGUGACGGCGCCCUUAGUGGAUGAGGGAGCCCCCGGUGAACAGGCGGCCGCUCAGCCCCCCACGGAGAUCCCAGAAGGAACCACAGCUGAAGAAGCAGGCAUCGGAGACACCCCCAACCUGGAAGACCAAGCUGCUGGACAUGUGACCCAAGAGGAGGGGAGCAUUCCAGGCCAGCAGAGGGAAGCACCUGAGAGGCCCCAGGCCGAUGAGCUUAGCCCUCAGGUCCAGACUGGACACGGCCAAGAAGUUUCUGGGGUCUCCAAGCUGCCUCUGGGGGAGAAGCAGCCAGAAGCAGCCGUCUUGGCGAUCUCCCGCCUUUCCCAGCUUCAUCUCAGCCAACCGCCUCCUCCACCAGGAGGCCCUCAGGAGCCCCACCCGGAGUGGGGACCAAAACCAGGGGAGCGGGCCCAGGAGGGUCUGGCCUUUCUGAAGCCCACCUCCCCUGGAUAUCUCGAGAUGGAGCCUGAGAGUGCCAAGGUUGUCCAGGAAAGCUUCCCCAGGGAGCCGGGGCACCGUGGAGGUGAGGCCAUGGACCCGGGGACCCCGGGUCUGACCGGCCAGCACUUUUCCAACAUGCCCAGGGCUCCCAUCCUGCCUGAAGGCCCCCGAGAGGCCACAUACCAGCCUCUGGGGACAGAACCUGAGGACACAGAGGGCAGCCGCCGUGGCUCUGAGCUGCUGGAGCGCCAGCUUUUGGGAGCCGUGACCCAGGAGGGGCUCCCUCUGAAGGGGAAGCAGGGCAAAGAGAGGCUGGGGAGCCAGGAGGUGGAUGAAGACCGAGACAUUGAUGAGUCUUCGCUCCAGGACUCGCCUCCCUCCCUCAUCUCCCCAGGUCUGCAGAGCCCCCCAGACCAAGGCGGGCCACCCCCGCAGGCAGUUUCCAGAGAAGCCCCUGGCAUCUCCAGCUUCCCAGCUGAGGGUGCCAUCCCCCUCCCUGUCGAUUUCCUCUCCAAAGCUUUCGCAGAGACCCAGGUCUCAGAGCCCGAUGGGCCCGGCGAGGGGCCCCCAGCGGAAAGGCAUGAUGGGCCCCCCGAGUUCAUGUUCCACGUGGAAAUCAAAGCCAAUGUGCAGAAGGACCAGGGGCAUCCACAGGUGGAUUUGGAGGGGGCUGCACUUCCCGGGGCCCCAGGAGAGGAACGAGAGCCCCUGGGCCCCUCUGAGGGCGAGGACACAAAAAAGACUGACCUUCCAGAAGCAUCUGAAAAGCAGCCUGCAGCUGGUCUGCCGGGAAAGCCCAUCAGCCGGGUUCCUCAGCUCAAAGCUCGCAUGGUCAGUAAAGGCAAAGAUGGCACUGGACCCGAUGACAAAAAAACUAAGACAUCCACACCUUCCUCUGCUAAAACCCUGAAAAAUAGGCCUUGCCUUAGCCCCAAACGCCCCACUCCUGGUAGCUCAGACCCUUUGAUCAAACCCUCCAGCCCUGCCGUGUGCCCAGAGCCAUCUUCCUCUCCUAAACGCGUCUCUUCUGUCACACCCCGAACUGGCGGUUCUGGAGCAAAGGAGAUGAAAGUCAAGGGGGCGGAUGGUAAACCUGGAAGCAAGAUCGCCACACCCCGGGGAGCCGCCCCUCCAGGCCAGAAAGGCCCGGCCAAUGCCACCCGGAUUCCAGCAAAAACCACGCCCUCCCCGAAGACCCCGCCGGGCUCUGCGACCAAGCAAGUGCAGAAAAAACCACCCCCCGCAGGGGCAAUAACUGAGAGAGGUGAAUCUGGGAAGUCUGGAGAUCGCAGUGGCUACAGCAGCCCCGGCUCCCCAGGCACCCCGGGCAGCCGCUCCCGAACUCCAUCCUUGCCAACCCCGCCCACCCGGGAGCCCAAGAAAGUGGCAGUGGUCCGCACUCCACCCAAGUCGCCGUCUGCAGCCAAGAGCCGCCUGCAGACUGCCCCCGGGCCCAUGCCAGACCUGAAGAACGUCAGGUCCAAGAUCGGCUCCACCGAAAACCUGAAACACCAGCCGGGAGGCGGAAAGGUGCAGAUAAUUAAUAAGAAGCUGGAUCUUAGCAACGUCCAGUCCAAGUGUGGCUCAAAGGAUAAUAUCAAACACGUGCCAGGAGGCGGCAGUGUGCAAAUAGUCUACAAACCAGUGGAUCUGAGCAAGGUGACCUCCAAGUGUGGCUCGUUAGGCAACAUCCACCAUAAGCCAGGAGGUGGCCAGGUGGAAGUAAAAUCUGAGAAGCUGGACUUCAAGGAUAGAGUCCAGUCGAAGAUCGGGUCCCUGGAUAACAUCACCCACGUCCCUGGCGGAGGGAAUAAGAAGAUCGAAACCCACAAGCUGACCUUCCGCGAGAACGCCAAAGCCAAGACGGACCACGGGGCGGAGAUUGUGUACAAGUCGCCCGUGGUGUCAGGGGACACGUCCCCCAGGCAUCUCAGCAACGUCUCCUCUACCGGCAGCAUCGACAUGGUGGACUCCCCGCAGCUCGCCACGCUCGCCGACGAGGUGUCCGCCUCCCUGGCCAAGCAGGGUUUGUGAUCAGGGCCCCGGGGCGGUCAGUAAUCGUAGAGAGAGGAGAGUGAGAGUGUGGAAAAAAAAAAAAAGAAUAAUGAUCUGGCCCUUCGCCCUCUGCCCUCCCCCAGCUGCUCCUCACAGAUCGGUUAAUCGGUUAAUCACUUAACCUGCAUUGUCACUCAGCUCUGGCUUGGGACUUCCAAAUCAGUGACGGGAAUAAGAGCGGAUUUCAUCUUUCCAAAUUGAUGGGUGGGCCAGUCAUAAUAAAAUAUUUUUAAAAACAUUUAAAAAGAUGGCCACACCCAGAAUUUCCCUGGGCAAUUACUUUUUGAUUUUUUUACCCCCCUCUGAGUGGAAGAGGGAGGGGGAGAGGCUCUGAAAGCUGCUUCUGGAGACUCACGAAGGCCUAGGGACACCUCUCCUGGGGCCCGUCCUGGGUCGGGGGUUUCAGAGGUGGCAAGGGACUGGAAACUUGGUGCACUGGUGGAGCACAGGCACAGGGCGACCGUUGGAGCAGGAUGGGGUGGGGUCUUGCAGGGCCAGGAGAGGCUGCGGAGGGGACUGUGCCAGGGGGAGGGUGUGAGAGGAAGGGCACAGGGGAGGAGGUGGCUUGGUGUCUGCCAUGGUGGGCGUGCCACCCUCUGGAGGGCGGCCCGGAGGUGGAGGGCUCUGAGCCCCGCCCCCACGCCUUUGAAGGGACAGUGGGCCGGAGGGUGGCAUCCUGUGAAUGACUUCCUCCAAGACCACUGGCUCCAUGUCCCCAGUGGUGGCCUCUUCCUCCCUCCCUGCAGGAUGGGGGUCCUGAGCUGAGGGGCUCCCUCCGCCCCAGGAAGCCCUGUUUUAUUGAGUUCUGAAGGUUGGAACCACAGCCACGAUUCUGGCCACCUCACAGAUCUGGGACCUUAGGGCUAACCAGUUCUCUUUGUAAGGACUUGUGCCUCUUGGGGGACAUCCGCCUGUUCCCAGGCUUGGGCCUGUGGCAUCUCUGGAGUGUGCGGGGUCUGGGAGGGGGGGUCCUGAGCCUCUCACCCCUCCCACGCCCACUGCAGCAGCCACCUGUCUGCCCUGCCUAUGUGUCUGCUGUGCGGAGCCCAGUCACUGCCUGUUCCCCUCAUUAUGUCACUGUCCCGAGUUCCCAGCCUCACCCCCCACUUCAGUAAUGGACGUGGUUAGAUGGGGAGGCAUCUCCGCAUCGAGGGGGAAAGUCAAGGAGGGCGAGGUUUGGACACUGGGUGGGGGCCCUCAGUCUUCUGUUCGAAGCAUCCCGCUGGCAUGUCCCUCACAGUGACCCUUGAUGACCUUACUCGGUUCCCUGCCUCCAACCCAGACGUGAGCCAGGGUGGGGUUCGCAGUGACUCGUUGACUUGGUGAGCCUUUCCGCCCAGAAGCCUGGUCCCCUUCCCGUGCUGAGCUAGCAGCGGGUCGGCUGCCCUGGAUGCCAGAGAUGGCGCUGGGACAGGUAGGCAAGGCCCUCAGGGCCAGACCGGGCUUCCUCCAUCCCCACUUCUGCCUCAGCUUGUGACUGCCAGCCUCUGAGAGCCCGGCCGCUGCUCUACCCCCCAUGUAUAUAGUCAGCCCUCCACACCCCCAAAAAGGGAAACGUGCCCCCUUGGAAAUGGUUCUUUCCCCAUCCCAGCUGGAAGUGAUGCUGUCUGUCCUGCUGGAGCAGCUGAACAUUCACAUAGAUGUCACCCCUCCCUCCCGGUCUGCACCCUGUCGCGUCGUAGUCGGAUUUGUCUGUCUGUGCUUGGAUUCACCAGAGUGACUAUGGUAGUGAAAAGGGAAAAAAAAAAAAAAAAAAAAAAAAGGACGCAUGUAUCUUGAAAUGCUUGUAAAGAGGUUUCUAACCCACCCUCAAGGGAGUUCUAGAUGUCUCUCCCCCUCCAGCUGGGACUCGGAUCCAGAAGGCCAGUGUGGCUCUGCCCUGCAUCGAAAGACUUUUUGUCAGCCUCUGGGACCCAACAGUCCAGAGUCUGACGAGUAAGAACCCUCGGCUGCGAAGGCUCAAAGCACAGGACAAGGAUGGACGCUCUGCUGCCUCCUCCCCACCCCCAGGGCUCCCCUUCAUCAGGCAGAGGGCAGUUUGCAGCAUGAAGAUGCCUCUCUGAUCACAGCCUGGAGGCCCCCAGCAGCCAGGAGAGGGUCUUAGAACUCCCUGUGUCAUGAGUGCCACCUCAGCCUGGGGUCCCGCUCCAAGCUCUCCCUCAGGAAGGAUGGCCAGGCCUCCUCACCCAGGGCCCUGGGGCCACAGUGGGGGUUGGGAUGGACUGCCUGCCCUGGACUCCUCUCAGUGGCCUGAGCUGCCUGAGCGAGGAAGGGUCACGAGUCUGGAGACACCGUUUCCAAAGCCUGGGCCAGAGCUCCUGCUGACCUUGCACCAGACUCAUCUCCUCCCAGGGGGACGGGAAGCAGCCUCUGGCAGUUUAGAAAUUCGCUGUUUAAAGAAAAUCAGCAACCUCGGGCAGUUCUGCUGCUUCUGGUUCGGGUACAGUUAAAGGCAGCCCUAUGGGGCUGGAUGGUUCAUUUGCAGCCGUAACUCUCUAUGCAAGGGAUCAUCUGGGCCCAGAAUGUCCCACAGGCUUUCUUCUGUCCUGAGUCCCAGCUGGUCUUGGAAGGGUUCUGAGGAAGCAGAAGGAAAUGUAGUGCAAAGACUUGGUAGCUGUUAGCCAUCCAGCCUCAUUACUGCUGCCGAUUCUGGCUGCAUUUCUUCUUGCACCUCUUCCUGCGGCUUCUAUGCCCUGCCUUGUGCUACCUUGUUUCCGGGACCUUACUCAGAGGGGGCUGGUGGAUGGGCUGCUGGUUAUCAGUCUAAACAUCAUGGUUUAGGGUGAUCAGUUCGAAGCUGGCAAAGGGAUGCUGGCUUGUAACCUUAAAUAAUGAGGACAAUCCCCCAGGGCCAGGUACUCCCCACCCCCAUUUCCUCCAGUGUCCCUUGGGUGGGCUAGAUAGGAUAUGCUGUAUGCCUGGUUCCUUCAAGCUCUCCACAUACUUUAUCAAUAGUUCCAUUUAAAUUGACUUCAGUGGUGAGACUGUAUCCUGUUUGCUUGUUGUGCUCUGGGGGGAGGGGGGUGGAACCUGUAAGAUAGUUACCACUGGGCACAGGGGAGUGCAGCAGUUCAAGGCCUAGUAACCCUUUUCUUCAUGAUUUUCAUGCUAGGGGUCCUUGGGAUUUCGCCUUUUUGCUGAUAGGUGCCACACGCUGCCAGCUAGUUCCCGUCUCCCUGCCGGCCAGGUGCAGGCAAGUGAGGCUGGUGGAGGAAUCUGGAGAUUCGGUCGCUCUGGCCUGCUGCCCUUUCUUUGGCAGAGUCCUAAGCACUCAACCGUGCCUCCCAAAGAUGCCGGCAUCUGGUCCUGAGCUGUUGGCCUCUCCAUGUCACCUUUCUCACCAGCUCUGGACAGCAGCCUGUCCUCCUUGUAGCUGCUGAGAUCUCUUCCCCUUUUUAUCUUUGUUCCCCAAGGAAAGCAGAGGUGGGGAUGAGGGCAGAGAUGGGAGGACAUCAGCUUGUCCCAUCUACAGCUCUGUGGCUCCAAGAGACUUCUGCUUUCUCUUUAGCUUUGAAAAGGGUUAUUACCCUGGGCACGGACUGAGUCUCACCUCCCAACGGACUUAGCCCUGUGAAUUUGCAGUGUUGGGCAGGACAAUUUCUGGUACUUGCAAGUCCCAUGAUUUCUUUGGUAAUAUUGAGGGUGGGGGGAGGGACAUGAAACCAUCUUAGCUUAGCUUCCUGUCUGUGAAUGUCCAUAUGGUGUGCUGUGUGUUUUAACAAAUGAUUUACACUUACUGUUACUGUAAAAGUGAAUUUGGAAAUAAAGUUAUUACUCUGAUUAAA